AAAUGAUAAAUUAACUUAUUAACAAAUAAAUAAUAACAAUACGUCUUGGGGCCAUCGGGUACUGUAAAUGUUUUUUUAGUAUUUUAAAUUUUUUGAUUGUUAUUUUAAAGGGAAACCGGAUGUAAUCGACCUUCGUGUACAAGAGACAAGACUCGCCAAACGCAUUCGAAAUGUUCGGAAAGACUUCGCUUGGCCUCCUACGAUCGCUCACUCGUGAGUUUCGGUACGUCGCGUCCGGCGGCAAGUUACUCGACCGACCUCUAAUACGGUUGAUACUAUCUGAAUACCGAUCAAAUCAAGUUACUCCGGCUCAGUACUGCCGCGGCCCCGACGAGAUGUUGUGGGUGGCCGACACAUACUUGCAGUACAUACGAUCACAACGCAUAUGCCGCGAGCUCACCGACAAACAUCAGAGACGUGAAAAAACCGUUCAAGAAACGGCGGAUAUGAUUGGUUUUAGACUACCAUCCGCACCAACGAACGACAAACACAAUUAAAAUGUUCAAUGUAAAAUGUAUUUGUCUGUAUGUAUAUAGUAUAUAGAAUUCUGUGAAGAUUA